GUUUGUAUCAUAGUAGAGGUUGAAAGACAAGUAUAAAGAGACUCGAUAUACUCACUUUGAACCGACAUCACAACAGCCUCAGCAGCUCAUCCUACCAACAAUCAAAGUAGCCUUUUCAACUUUCCAGAUUCCCCACUCCCCACCGACCAUCAACAGUAACGAUGUAUUUCAUCACCUUUGCACUUACUACCCUGCUCUCGCUGGCCUCGGCCGCUCCAGCAACUCUUGAGACCCGUUUCCCUACGGGAAGAUACAACAAUGUUCUUCCCCCGUCCGCCAUCUCGAUCUACCACGGCCAGAAUGGCGCCAUUGACUACGGCGUCUACCGUGGCGAAGUUUCUCGCAACAACUGGGAUGGCCGCGACAAUACUACACUCGUAACGUUCGACCUAAACGGUCGAACUCUUCCCGACACAUGCUUCUUGCGCUUCUGGCUUGAGCCCAACAGCCAGUCUUCCGAUCCCACCAAGAGCUCUUUUGUCUCCGGCACAGGCCAGAUCGAUGUCUUCUCCAGUCUGCAGCCAGCGCCUAAGGAGGGUAGCAAGGGCUGGGGUGGCCCUGGCAAUCAGAGAAACAACCCUCUGGGCAGGUUUGAGGCCAAGUUCAAUGGCGAGGCCAACGUCCUGAACUUCGCGUCAAACCAGCUGAAUGGCUUCAAAUGCCCGAAAAUCGGGGACUGGAACGUCAAGAAUGGACUCAUCGGGUACGAGUUGGUCCCUGUGGGCGAUGCGGACAGGAUUCAGUGGGACACUGCUGUCAGCGGACUGUAUCUUGGCUGGUAAAUCUAGAAGGUGGCUUGCUCUGUGGUGUCGAGAUGAUAGACUUUCUGCGAUUUGGCUUGCGCCCGAG